UACACGGUUGACCCCAUUUUUAGGCACAUGCACACUUGAUAGCCUUUCAGGUUAUGAACGUCAAAUUUUCUAUGAAUAGAAAGAUGAAUUUCACCACUCAAAUUUUUGAAAAAACCCAAUGAUUUUCAACACAAAGUCUUUCUUUCCCUUCCUCUUUCUCCUUCUUCCUUCAACAACAACAACAGAGAGAGAGAAAAAGGUCAUGAUCUAGGUCUGGUUUGCCACCCUCCAACCCACGGUCAUGAUCUUCUAUCUCACCAGCUUAGUCCAAAUCCAAUCUUCACAAUAGCACCUCUUCUUCUUACUCUUGAAAAACUAUACCAAUCCCAUAUUAUCAUUUCUUAAGAAUGGCAAAGCGUUCAUUCAAUUGUUUUGUUGAACAAGAGCUUGGAAAGUUCCCUCAUUUCAUGGUCUAUGCCAUUCUAGAAUGGUUUUUGAUCAUUCUUCUUUUUAUUGAUGGAUUCCUUGCCUUCAUCACCAACGAAUUCGCCAAGUUCUUUGAACUUCAAAUCCCCUGCUUGUUCUGCACCCGAAUCGACCACGUUCUUGUGCACCGAAACCAUGAUUUCUACUACAACGAAUCGGUCUGUGAGGCUCACAAGAAGGAUGUCUCCUCCCUAGCCUACUGCCACAAUCACAAGAAACUAUCUGACAUUAGGAAAAUGUGUGAAGCUUGUCUCCUUUCUUUCGCCACUGAGAAGGAAUCUGAUUGUGGUACCUACAAGUCCCUAGUUGGAAUUCUUCACAAGGAUCUUGAAUGCCUUGUAGAAGAUGAUCGCCACCAUAUUCAUCUUAGUCUGCCUGCCCCAAGGGCCAAGGAUGAGGCUUUUCAGAUUGAGAAGAGUGACAUUAUCAGGUGUUCUUGUUGUGGGGAAUUCUUAAAGACGAAGACGAAGACGAAAUCAAUCUCCCAUCCUAAAGGAAGACAUGUUAGUACAUUUUCUCAGGCUCCAGCUCCUUCUCCAAGAGCUACAUUUUCAUCCAUACAAAGACCAAGAGAACUUAAACUUAUGGGGGAUUCCGAGUUUCUGGAAGAAGAUAAUGGAUCCCAGCCGGUUACUUCUGAUUCUCAAUUAAGGGAAGAUGUCAAAGCUGCUAUGGUGCCAUUACUAACAGAGGCUGAUGAUUUAAAUGAUGAUGUCAACAAGACCCCAAAUUUUGUAAGAGGAAACAGGUUUUUUGGAAUCCCACUUACAGAUUCAGCUUCAAACAGUCCAAGGUAUGGUGUGAGGAUUUCAAGGAAAUCACCACUGGAGAAAACAGAGUUGGCUUCUGAGCCCAUGGAAGUGAUUGCUCAAACUCCAAACGACGUUGAUAUCGAUUCGGUGUUGCAUGGUUUGAAGAGACAAGUUCGGUUGGACAGAAAAUCGCUUAUUGCAUUAUACAUGGAACUGGACGAAGAAAGAAGCGCUUCAGCCGUGGCAGCUAACAACGCGAUGGCAAUGAUAACUCGGUUACAAGCAGAGAAGGCAGCUGUGCAGAUGGAGGCUUUACAGUACCAAAGAAUGAUGGAGGAGCAGUUUGAGUAUGACCAAGAAGCUCUACAAGAUACAAACGAUUUGCUUCUAAAGAGAGAGGAUGAACUCAAGGCUUUAGAGGCUGAAUUGGAGGCUUAUAGAGAAAAAUAUGGAUGCUUUAAGGAAGAAGAAUUCGAUGGCUACCAAGAUGAGGUUGGUGGUGAUCAGCAGCAAGAGGCUAAAACACAACCAUUGCCAUUGAUUGGAAGAACUGAAUCAGGUAGCUCUCGUUUUAGCUUGAAUAUAGAGGAGGCUAAUGGCAUAUUUGGACACAACUCUGACCAAUCUUUCUCAACACUAGUGGGAGACAAUGGAGGAGGUGAAAUCAUUGAUGAACCUGUAAUUAAAGAACUGAAAGAGGAGAAAAUUUCUAUUAUUGGAAGGAGAAAGCUGGACAAGAAAAAUCAUUUGUCUGAAAAUGGAUUCCAUCCAUUGCAAUCCAACAGUGACGAGACUAACUCCCCAUAAAUUCACAAGAAUGGAAAAGUGGAUUUCUCAUUCAGAGGAUUAAGAAUUAUGUGAUGUCAUUUCAAAGAAAGAUUAUAGCUAUUUGUACAGUCAUCGUAUUAAUGGUAUAAGAAAGAAGUGAUGGUAUUUUCUGAUAUGUAAUGUAAGGUUGGGAUUUGGUAAGAAAAGUGGGACGGUCCCUCCUUUAGAACUGCCAUCUUUAAAUAUUUUUGCUUUCUUUUUGAGUGGAAAUGUACUCUUAAUUCAACCAUUCACUAGAAGAGGGAAGAUUCUUGCAGACUAAUUUAAAACUUUGCUUGGGCAUUAAAUUUUUUUAAUAUCCUUUCAUGGACAAAGACACGUACUAAGGACAAAGAAGGGAAGGCAUGUCAGUUAGAAAUACAUGUGAGUUCACCAACAAAAGGCCAAAACCAAAAUAAUAUACAUAUCUUAAAUAAUGUUCUAUUCCAUCUUGUCUAGAAUAUACCAAUUUUUCCAGCCUCACUGAGGGGCCGUUGACAAUGCUAACCCAAUAAAUACGAGUCUAUAAAAAGAGCUAUUUUCUUCUUA